AUGCCAUUCUCUCCACACCCUACUGAGGUCGCGGUCCCCAUCUUGCUGGCCUGUGCCACCCACCGCGAUUUUUCACCUCGGGGCCUCGCCCUGGCCACCUGCCUGCCUCCCGGGACACGCGCAGCGCAGCCAUCUGCUCGCCAGCCAACGACAGAGCCCUCCCUGCACAGGGCCUGCCUGGCACCUGAGCCCAAGCCGGGAAGGUUGCUCCACCGGGGCCACCCCCCUCGGCGGCCACACCGCGUCUCCAAGCGGGAAACCGCAGCCGGGGCCGAACCCCACCACACCGGCGCGCUCCCUCAGCGGGCUGCCCGCGAGCCGGCAGCCACUGCGCCACAGCGCUCCUCCGAUCCGAGACCGCGCUCCUGCCUCGCCACCGACGCACCGGAGCUGGACCCUGGCCGGGGAGCCGUCGGCCAGAGCGCAGAAGCCAGGCUCGGGCACUUGGCCUGGCCUCUGGGCCUGAGGCCCGCUCGGCGGCGGGCGGCGGCGGAGGCUGCGCUCCCGGGCCUCCAGCUCCGACGGCUCCCCCCACGCCCCGCCGCCCCCGCCCUCGCACAGCCGGAGCACCGUUCCCGCCCGUGCCCGCCCUCGCGCCCAGCGCCCCGGCAAGAAAGCCAGCCGCCCAAGGCACUUUGGGACCGGGCUGUGGGUCGUCGAAGGAAACGUCGGCCUUCAGCUGCACCCGCCCACAGAUCGCCUACCCUGACUGGCAUUCGGGCGCGGGCCAGGCUUGGUCCGGCUCCCGGCUGCCUCUGGCGACGCCGGCCAUCUCGCCGCGGCCCUGGGCGGCAGAGAAGGCGCGGCACGGGCCGAGCCUGCCUCGGUGCCUCGGUGCCUCCUCGCCCGCCCCCUUGCGACCGCGCCUGCGCCCUAGCGCCCUUCACGUACCUGGAGCCUCUCUUGGAGCCCACCAGUCCGCCGCCUGCUCAGAUGGAGCAGGUGGCCGCGGAGGGCGGGGACCAGCGUCGGGCGGCUGGUGGCGGCGGCCAUCGGUGCAUGGGUGGUUCAGUGGUAGAAUUCUCGCCUGCCACGCGGGAGGCCCGGGUUCGAUUCCCGGCCCAUGCAGCACCCCGAUCCCCUUUUGGUCCCGCCGCCCCAACGCCGAGCGAGGCUUCCUCUCUCCCGCGCUCAAGGCACCUGUCCCACACCGGCUCUGCGGCCCACCGCAGCACAUUCCACGUGCUCUCGUCUCCCCCGCCCCCACCCCCAAGCCCCCUCUCUCGCCCUGGAGACAGAAAGUGCACGCGGGGAACCAAGCCCCCGUGCCCAGACACCUCGACCGCUCAGCCACUCUUGUGCCCACACGCCUUCCUUGUCCCUCUGCUCUUCGCUCCCGUGACCCCGCUCGGCUCACGCCUUUCGCUUCGAGGAAGGCUACCCUGCACCACACACUGGCCCCCGCACGCCCCACUCCGUCACGGGGGUUCGCCCCCGCUCUCUGCCUCGCUCUACCCCCGCUCCGAGAAUCAGACCGUGUCGGUUCCUACCACCAGUAGGAGGCAACUUGCCACUCCUACGAGUGAUCCACCGCAUUCUCCCCGACGGUCACCGACUCGUGAUGGCGCGCGCUCCAGUCGUUCCGAAGAGUUCCACGAUAUCAUCACGAUGCACACACACAGCGAGCAUUCAUUCACCUUCUCCCGCUUGGCCGCUCUAUUUCCCAAACGCUGGCCCGCCCCUCCACCACUAAAACCACCUCCGCCGCCACCACCACCAAGUCCACCGAGUCACCUCCACCAGGGCCAGCACCACCGCUAUCGUCACCGCCGCCGCCACGAACACCCCCGUCGCAGGCAGCACCACCACCCCGAGAACCACCGCGGACACUCCCGGGUCCAACAGCACCACAGCCUGCAAACCCCAAGCGGCACCGCCAGCCCCAGCACCUCCUCCUCCACCCCUCACCACCCUCCUACUCCCCCAGACACCCCUACUCCUCUCCUGCCCCACACUCCCCUCCCCGCUCCGCCCCCACCCGCGGCCCCCACGUUCCAAAUUCUGCUUGGCCGGGGACCCCCCCAGGCUCACCCCCUCCAUCCCUCCGCCACCAACCCCGUGGACCCCGGGCCCCUCUACGCACACUUCCACCGGUCCUGUCCUCCUCCCUCGGGCCCCUCGGACAAACCCCUGCUCCGUCCCCACCGGCACCCUAAACCUCGGCCCCCCCACCGCACCGCCCCCCCCCCCCCCGCGGCACCCGUGCCGGGCAAGCCCCGCACCUCCCCGCCCACGCUCCACUCCGACCCACCCGGGACGCCCUCCCACACCUCCCCCGUGAGCAGCACGACGCUCACGGCCGUCCCCUCUUUUCGGGGUCGUUUGGCCCUGUGCCCUGACCCGCGUGGGAGGCCACCCACGGGAACAGACACCUUCAUCCCGCUCUGUCACCCGCCCACCCACACUCACCCCCAGCACCCCGGCCAGGCCGGGGCUCCUCGGCACACGUCAGAACGGCUCCGUCUAAACCCGCGGAGUGUGCCGCCGCCGCCGCCGCCGCCGCCGCGGCUCUCUGCCCUUCCUGGGCUCGGCUCUCCACUUUUGCCUCCGAAGGAGCCAGUCGGCGAAGAGGUGUUCAAGUCGCUGACAGCGGCCCGGUUGUUGUGGCGGGAAGGAGACCGAGAGCUGCCACCUACUUCGGUGGCGGGCUCCGGCUCUCGGCUCCCCUCGGCGCACGAGACCACGACGCACUUGGCGCCCAAUCGGCGGCCCCGGGGAGACGCAGCCGGCACAGGACCUGGCCGGCGGCGGCGGGUAAGCUGCCCGCGCCUUCGCCGGCACGAGGCGCCAAGAAGAGCGGGAGCGAGGCGAGCGUCCGAGGAGGAGGAGGAGGAGGAGGAGGAGGAGGAGGAGGAGAGACGUCGGGUGGGCGAGGCGAGGCGAGCGAGGGCCAAAAAGGUUGGCAGGGGCGCAGGCCAGCCGCGCGCGGCCCCCCGGCAAUGCAGGCGCCCUAGCGUUCUUCCUGCCCGGCUGCACCCUCAAAACACUGCGCGCGCCUCCUUCUCGCACACACGCACACGGCCGCGGGCCCGGCUCCCGGCCUCCGGCUCCCGGCUCCGGGCCAGGAGGGCCCUGCGGUUCCGCAAAAGCCCGCGCCGCCCCGAGAUGCCGGCCCGGGGCUCGCGCCGGCGCCGUCACGCCGCCGCCGCUGCCGCCGCCCGGCGCAGCCCUGCCCCGACGCCCCGCCCGCUCGCAGCUCGGCGCUGCCCCAGGCGCCGCCAACGGCCGCCCCGCGCCAGACGCAGCGGCCCUCGUCCGCCGGCCCGACCGCCUCUGGGGGCGCCCUGGCCGCCGUUCGACCCGACCAAAGCCAAAGCCGACCCCGACCCCGUCACGUCCGCCCUCCUCCUCCCUCCUCAGGUCCUGCGGCAGCGGGCUCGGCCAAGCCCUUCUCCACCGGCGGCUCCGCCAGGCCACUUCCGCGAGGCACCGAGGCGGGGGACCCAUCCGACCCCCGACCCGUCCCGGCAGCUGUGCAGCUGUGCGUCGCGUCGCAAGGAGCCCAUUGCGCCAGCCACCUUGGCAGGGCCGCUCGUCGGGCGCCGUGGGGAGGAGCAGAGGAAGCCCUCGCUCGGCUGCGGCGAGCAAGCGCCCGGCGAGGAGGAGGACAAGGAGGAGGGGAGAAGGGUCCGGGUGGGCGAGGGUGGGCAGCCGGGGCACGAGUCGGCGGCCUGCGCCUCGCUGGAGGGCGGGGGAGGGAGAAGAAGGGCCCUUGGGCGCAAGCGGCUGGACGGAGAGCGGUGCCGGCGACCAAAAGAGGGCGUCUUGCCUCCCCGUCGGGGAAUCGAACCCCGGUCUCCCGCGUGA